GCGCAGCUCCGCCCCCUCACGCCCCUCUCCAGUCGGGCCCGCCUCCCCGCGUCUAGCACCGCCUCUUCCGCGUUCACAGCGGAGAGAUCUGCAGGUGGGGUGCGCGCGACCGCUCCCGCGGAGAGUCAGCAGAGAUUUCACUCCAGAUAGGAUGAAGCAGAGGCGGAUGUAGAACCUACAGGGGCCAUUGAAACACUUCCUGUAGCUGGAAGACUCCAACCUGCUGACGGCAACAUCAUCUCAUUUGGAAUUUCAAGGUCGCAGAGGAUCACCUCUCAAAAGUUGGGGAAGCCUGUAGAGAUGGGCAGCAGUGAGCCCCUUUCAGUCGCAGACAGCGAGAAAAGGAAGAAGAAGAAGCGGAGAGCCCGGGCUGCCGACUCCUUGCCGGGGAGGUUUGAAGAUGUGUACAAGCUGACCUCUGAGUUGCUGGGAGAGGGAGCCUAUGCCAAAGUUCAAGGCGCCGUAAGCCUGCAGAGUGGCAAAGAGUACGCUGUCAAAAUCAUCGAAAAGCAAGCAGGGCACAGUCGGAACAGAGUGUUCCGGGAGGUGGAGACGCUGUAUCAGUGUCAAGGAAACAAGAACAUUUUGGAGCUGAUUGAGUUCUUUGAAGACGACACAAGGUUUUACUUGGUCUUUGAGAAAUUGCAAGGAGGCUCCAUCCUCGCCCACAUCCAGAAGCGGAAGCACUUCAACGAGCGAGAAGCCAGCCGAGUGGUGCGGGACGUUGCUGCUGCGCUCGACUUCCUGCAUACCAAAGGCAUCGCCCACCGCGAUCUGAAGCCAGAGAAUAUUUUGUGUGAGUCUCCAGAAAAGGUGUCUCCAGUGAAAAUCUGUGACUUUGACCUGGGCAGUGGGGUGAAACUGAACAACUCCUGCACCCCCAUAACCACACCAGAGCUGACCACUCCAUGCGGCUCUGCAGAAUACAUGGCGCCCGAGGUGGUGGAGGUCUUCAGGGACGAGGCCACUUUCUACGACAAGCGCUGUGACCUGUGGAGCCUGGGCGUGGUCCUCUACAUCAUGCUCAGUGGCUACCCGCCCUUCGUGGGCCACUGCGGGGCCGACUGCGGCUGGGACCGGGGAGAGGUGUGCCGGGUGUGCCAGAACAAGCUGUUUGAGAGCAUCCAGGAGGGCAAGUAUGAGUUUCCCGACAAGGACUGGGCACACAUCUCCAGCGAAGCCAAAGACCUCAUCUCUAAGCUCCUGGUGCGGGACGCCAAGCAGAGACUCAGCGCUGCCCAAGUUCUGCAGCACCCGUGGGUGCAGGGGCAAGCUCCAGAAAGGGGACUCCCCACGCCGCAAGUCCUCCAGAGGAACAGCAGCACCAUGGACCUGACGCUCUUCGCGGCGGAGGCCAUCGCCCUUAACCGCCAGCUGUCCCAGCACGAGGAGAGCCAGCAGGCCGGGGAGCCAGAGGCCCUGGCCGAGCGCCUCUGCUCUGUGAAGCUGUCCCCUCCGUCCAAGUCACGCCUGGCCCGCCGACGGGCCCUGACCCAGGCAGGCCGCUGUGGCGCCACGGACCCCUGCCCACCACCCACAGCUCUCUGAGCGACCCCGCAACGCCUGGGAGGACCUCAGCCUGCCCGGGCGUGGCCCUGCUGGAACGUCCCUGAGCAGGCAUGGGGACCUGCUGCAGACUGUCAGGGCUUCUGGUCCACAAAGGCCCUGAGGGUCCCACUCGACCCUCCACCUCCCCAGAGUCCUGCAGGAAAAAGCUUUCUCUGAAGGGGCUGUCUUUGAAAAGGAAAGCAAUCACUCAUCACUUUGCAUAAGGGCCUGCGGCUGGGCCCCACCUGCUCACAGCCUGCAGAUGGCCUGCGGAUCGGAUCCGGCAGGCCCUGGUGGCUUCCUGGGCUGCUGGGGCUGGGGCCUUCGGGGAGCCUGCUCAGAGGCGGCAGACAGAGGUGCCCACACGGCCCUCCCCUCCCCUGGCCGCUCAUCCACCUUCAUCUGUCCUCCGCCCGUCCUCCCCGUCGCUCCAGCAAAGCCGUGCCCUCAAUUCAAGGAAGAGCGGAGAGAGCCUUCCUCAUCCGGGCAGCUGGCUCGGUCUUCCGGGCCGCAGCACAGAGAAACACAGACUCUCUCUGCCGUGACCGAGAUGUGGCCCUCAUUUAUCAUCCUCUUCCUUGUUUGGGAUUGCUGCUACAGUCAGUAUUAUUUCGUCGUGUUUUUUAACGUUUUAACCACACUCUGCCAGCAGAGGUGGGAUGUAAGCUCCCACUCCCCGCACGCCAUGGGCUCCGGGAGCUCCAGCAGCCGCUGCCCUCCGGAGCGCCGUGCGUCGAGGUUUUAAUGAGCUGUUCCCUUUUAGACCACUGGUUUUAAGCUGUUACUCUGACGAGCUGCUGCCCUGCCCUCAGGUCCGGUAGGGAGGGCGGCGGAGGGGCGGCCCCAGCUCUGCCCUGGUCCCUCCAGAGAGGGAAGGUGCAGCCCUUGCCUCGUAGCCCGAGCUGCCGAGUUGCAUAAAGCAAACAGACCUGCGUAUGUCGCUCGUUUACGACACCGUGAUGCUAUAUUGUUCAUUGUGCUUGUUGUAAUAAAAUGUUUUAAAUUCUG